AUGGCUCACCUGGCUCACCUGGCGCUCGCCCUGCUCCUCCUGCUGCCCGCCCGUGCCCGCUGCGAUGACUCGGUGGCGGCCGCCGUGGGCCCGCACGCCAUGGGCCGCAUCGCCGAGCUGCUGGCAGGCUCCGAGUGCCACCAGCUGCGGGCAGAGCUGGAGAGCCCCGAGGAGCAGCUGGAGAUCCCCGGGGAGGAGCCGGGCAGCCCCGGGGAGAAGCGGAGCAUCCCCAGGGAGAAGCGGAGCUUCCCGGAGCUGCGGGAACCGCUCCCCGAGGAGGAGCGGGGCAUCCCCGGGGAGGAGCCGGGCAUCCCGGAGCGGAGCAUCCCCGGGGAGAAGGAACCUCUCCCCGAGGAGAAGCGCCCCUCCCGCCGCCGCCGCAGCGCCCAGGGAUGCUCCGCGACCCUCCGGCUGUGGCUGCUGACCGCGGGCUCUGCGACCACCUGGGACCGCCUGGUGCGCGCCCUCCGCCGCGUCGGGCGCGCCGACAUCGCCCGGGAGCUGGGCAAGAACCUGAACCAGGACCGGAGCCUGCAGCUGCGGAGGAACGUGGAGGGCUACAGGAGGAGCGUGCAGCACCUGAGCUCGGCGCAGCUGCAGCCGCGGGGCCGGAGGGCUCCGGGGGCGCGGGGGAUGCGCUUCGAGCGGCGCCGCCCGCCCCGGUACCGCCGCGGGCUGCUGGGCUGGGCGCGCCCGCUGGCACUGGGCGUGCUGGGAGCGUUCCUGAGCUCGGCGCUGCUGGCGGGCACCGCGAUGUAUUUCUGCCACUGGAGGAGGCUGCUGGGCGCCUGA